GAGGACAUGCGGAGACAAGAGGAGCGCGCCAGCCGCCCCAAGGAGAACCUCCAGCCGCGUGAAUGACCCGCUGGCAGCAUGCGCUCCUGGCCCAACCGAACUGACUGUCUCUCUCCCGUUAACUGCAGCUGGGAGGAUAACUACUGGAACUACUACUUUAACGGGAGCUACCAGGGUCCCGUGCCCCCCGAAAACCUAUUCCCCAUCCCCGUUCUAAUGGGAAUCACCAUCACCUGUACUCUCCUGUUCCUAGCGGGAGUGGCCGGGAAUGUAAUGACUAUACUGGUCGUGUCUAAAUAUAGAGACAUGAGAACAACCACUAACCUCUACUUAUGUAGCAUGGCUGUCUCAGACUUGUUGAUAUUCCUCUGUAUGCCCCCUGAUGUGUAUCGGUUAUGGAAGUACAGGCCAUGGAUAUUUGGAGAUACAUUCUGUAAGCUGUUUCAGUUCGUUAGUGAGUGCUGUACUUAUUCAACGAUUUUGAAUAUAACCGCUCUGUCCGUGGAGCGGUACCUGGCCAUCUGCUUCCCACUUCGCGCCAAACGCCUGGUCACCAAGCGACGCGUCCGUGCGCUCAUCCUCUUUCUCUGGCUCGUGUCGCUGUUGAGCGCGGGACCUGUCUUCGUUCUGGUGGGAGUGGAGCACGAGACUCGCCCAGCGGCGGGAAACUCUGUGACUGCUGGUGGGGCGGAAGGACAGACAGAGAUAGACACUAGCGAGUGUAAACCCACCCAGUACGCGGUUGAGUCUGGGCUUCUAGCCGCCAUGGCGUUGGUUAGCUCUGUGUUUUUCUUCCUGCCGGUGUUUUGUUUGACUGUGGUGUACAGUUUGAUUGGACGAAGGUUGUGGAAGAGACGGAGAGAGAACAAUAUUGGAGCUAAUGUAGCACACAGGGACAAGAGCAACAGACAGACCGUCAAGAUGUUAGCUGUAGUGGUCUUUGCCUUCGUCCUGUGCUGGCUGCCUUUCCACUUGCAUCGUUACCUUAUGUCCCAUUCCUCCGAGGGCUCCUCUCCUCUCUGGUCUCUCUUCACCCAGUACUGCUCCCUUGUUUCCACUGUCCUCUUCUAUCUCUCGGCUGCCAUCAACCCUGUCCUCUAUAACACCAUGUCUAGGAAGUACCGGUCAGCUGCUGCCCAACUGUUUGGUCUACAGGAGACUCAACCACCCAGAGGGAGAACAGCAAGCACUGUCAAAGGAGAGAGUUCACCUGCCUGGACAGAGUCCACUGUUAGCCUGUGACUGUAGCCAAUUUGGAGGGGGAAUGGGCGCUAGAUAUAUACUUCUCUGAUUUUGAUAUGUAGUUGUGAUCAACGUCUUCUUGUGUGUUUUUCAUCAGUGACCACGGCUUUCCCUGGUUGAUCAAACUCAAACAGGCACCAUUAUGGACCAUCAAGUCUUUAAUCCAAGAGAGCACCGGCUUACGCAUAACGUCCAUGAACGUUGAUUAUUGAUUGAAAUUUGAUCAGUCCGCCCUGGCCUUGCGCUGAACAUAUUAAUUAUAUUAGCCUCAAGGACUUUGAACGAGACUGUUGCUUUGAUGUCACAACCCGCCCGGCAAAGGCGUUUGAGAAGAUGUUUUAUAAAAUAUUUAUAAAACAAGGCGUUUCUGUCACCCAAAAAGAAGCACACCAUUAGCAACAAAAACUAUUAAACCGCUUUUGAAAUGG